AUGUGUAUGGAACUUGUAAAUGCAAGAGUGGAUGGAAAGAAGAAAACUGUUCUACAGAAUGUUCCAAUGGCACAUUUGGAGAAAAUUGCCGUCAAAACUGCAGUGGCCAUUGUCGCAAUGAAGAAAUAUGUAACAAAGUCAAUGGAACAUGUCCAGAUGGUUGCCAAACAAAAAGAAAUCCAUUCGUACGAAAACGAUACUGUUCAGUUACAUGGAGAGGCAGAGACAAGGAACAUAAAACAGGGAAUAUCUAUACAGGACCUUCUGAAGACCAAGAAAGAAAUAUGUGUGGACAAUGGUUCAAGUUUCAAAGCAGAGUACGAGCAAAUUCCAAAUGGUGAAUUGCAUUCAUGUGAUGCUGGAAAAAGGGAUGAAAACAAAAUUAAAAACAGAUACAAAACAACAUUUCCAUAUGACCAUUCCCGAGUUAAGCUACAAAUGGCAAACCAGAGAUCUGAUUACAUAAACGCCAACUAUAUUAAGGAUAUAUCAGGGGAGCAGAGAUACAUAGCUACUCAAGGUCCAAAAAGGGAAACAGUGUCUGAUUUUUGGUCAAUGAUUUGGCAGGAAUCAGUCAAAGUUAUUGUAUGCCUGACGAAUCUGAAAGAAGGAAAGCAGGGAAAGUGUGCACAAUAUUGGCCAAAUUGCAAUGAUAAAAUCCAAAGUGGAAAUUUUGCUAUUCGGAACCAAGAGGAAAAGGAAUACUCAAAUUACAUUAAAAGACAUCUGAGAUUACAAGAUACGAUUGAGGAACAAGAACAAGAAGUAUGGAUGUUUCAUUACACCCAAUGGCCAGACCGUGGUGUUCCUGAAGCUAUAAAUCUUGUCGUGUUCCACCGGCAUGUUAUGCGAGCUUUUCCGAAGUCUUCAGAUAAAGAUAAAAUGGUGGUCCACUGCAGUGCUGGCUUGGGUAGAACGGGUACCUUCAUAGCUUUGGACGCCCUCUACCGGGACGGUUUGAGUUCAGGGUCUGUUAAUGUGUCGGAAUAUGUCACACAAAUGCGCCAUGAUAGAAUGAACAUGGUACAAGGAGAGGAUCAAUACAAAAUGAUUUACACUGCUUUAUAUGAAUCAUUCAGAGGACAUCUGCGUCCAGUUACUGCUAAAUCAUUCCUGUCGCAGAACCAGGCAUUAAAUAGUACAUAUGAAGAAGAUGGAAUCAAGAAAGCGCAAGAGACUGAUAAUUUUAAGUCGUUCACGAGACCGGAUGGACUUAUCAGUGCCCAGUACCCACUUGAAAACCAGUGUGAAGACUUCCUGUAUCUUGUGAAAGAAAGCAGAGCUGGCACUGUUAUUUUUCUGGGGCCUCUUGAAGAUAUACCCUCAGGAUUCCAUGACAUCCGAACUUCGGUUUUGGAAUGCAACUUCUGGAAAGGCGAAGCUUUAACUGCCAGUUGUAGGAAAGUUCUUGAUGCAAUCAAGGAAACAAAACUGGAAGAGACGACGCACUCGAUCAAUAGAACACUGGUCCUUUCAAGAGACGGGGCCCAGCGUUGUGGUCCAUUCUGUGUCGCCUACAAUGCAAUUGAGCAACUUAUCCUCGACAAGGAAGUUGAUAUCUUUACAGCUGCACGUCUGAUACAAAUUCGUAGACCGGAAUUUAUCUCCACUUUCGAGGAAUAUCAAUUCUGCCAUGAACUCGUAGCGGAAUAUCUGCAGAGCGAUACAGUCUAUGCCAACUUUUGAUUUUACGUACUAGCAGACUUAUUAAGUAUUUUGUUUUUAUAUUCUAUGAA